CAGCCGCGCGCGGACACGCAGCGCGCGCACCCGCCCGUCAAAGCACACCGGACAAAAUGAAGCGACUCGUGCCCGUGCUUAUCGCUGCGUUGCUAUGGCAAUGCAGCAGCGCCCAGCAGAGAGGACUCUUCCCAGCUGUGUUGAACCUGGCUACAAUGGCGGAUAUAUCAGCUAAUGCUACAUGUGGUUCAAACGGUCCAGAAAUGUUCUGUAAACUGGUGGAACAUGUACCAGGCCAGCCUGUGAGAAACCCACAAUGUCGAAUCUGCAAUGAAAGGAGUACAAACUCAUUUGAGCGUCAUCCUAUUGAAUACGCCAUAGAUGGAACCAACCGCUGGUGGCAAAGUCCCUCCAUCAUGAAUGGAAUGGAUAAUCAUUAUGUGACCAUUACACUGGAUUUGAAACAGGUUUUCCAGAUUGCCUAUGUGAUAAUAAAGGCAGCUAACUCACCUCGUCCAGGUAAUUGGAUCUUGGAGCGCUCAAUAGACGGCGUGACCUUUGAUCCCUGGCAGUAUUAUGCUAUCACAGACACGGACUGCUUGACUAAGUUCAACAUAACUCCACGGAGAGGACCUCCCUCCUACACCAGAGAUGAUGAAGUAAUCUGCACAUCCUUUUACUCAAAGAUUCAUCCACUGGAGAAUGGAGAGAUCCACACAUCUCUGAUCAAUGGUCGACCCAGUGCAGAUGACCCCUCCCCCACCCUACUGAACUUCACCUCCGCCCGCUACAUCAGGCUGAUGUUUCACCGAAUCAGAACGCUCAACGCCGACCUCAUGACCCUGACACUUCACGACCCCAAAGAUGUAGAUCCCAUUGUGACGAGACGGUACUACUACUCCAUUAAGGACGUUUCGGUUGGAGGGAUGUGCAUCUGUUACGGCCAUGCCAAAGCCUGUCCGCUCGACCUCGCCACAAAGAAGUUUAGCUGCGAAUGUGAACACAACACAUGUGGAGAGAGCUGCGAUCAGUGUUGCCCGGGUUACCACCAGCAGCCCUGGAUGGCAGGAACCUUCCUCACGCGUCACAUCUGUGAGAAGUGUAACUGCCAUGGUAAGGCAGAUGACUGCUACUUUAAUCAAACAGUGGCUGAUCUGUCACUCAGCCUGGACGCACACGGUCAACACAGAGGGGGCGGCGUUUGUAUUGGCUGCCGUGACAACACAGCUGGAAUCAACUGUCAAAGCUGCAUUUCUGGAUACUACAGACCAACAGGGGUCGGUGCUGAUGAGGAGGACCCCUGCGUUCCCUGCUCAUGUGACCCUCAUGGUUCUGUCAGUCAAACUUGUGUCGCCGACUCAAACGAAGCUACGCCCAGUCAGCCAGCAGGGUCGUGCUGGUGCAAGGAGGGUUUUGGGGGUCUGCGAUGUGACAGAUGUGCUGUCGGUUAUAAGGACUACCCAUCCUGCCAGCGCUGUAACUGCAGCGUGGAAGGAAGCGCCAACACUGACCCAUGUGUAACACCCUGCGUGUGCAAGGAAAAUGUUGAGGGAGAGAACUGCGACCGUUGUAAACUCGGGUUCUUCAACCUGCAGCGUGACAACCAGCGUGGCUGUGAGAAGUGCUUCUGCAUGGGUGUCGCUACUCAGUGCUCUGCAUCCAGAUGGACAUAUCAGAAUGAGACCGCGCUGUUAGGCUGGCACCUGGUUGGAGACACAGGAGGGAGAGUUUGGUCUGUUCACAGACAGACACCUCCAUAUUUGACUGUCAGACACUCAGAUGUUGUGAAUGAUCUUGGCUCCGCCUACUACUGGAACGCACCUGGACUAUACUUGGGGAACAAGCUGACAGCUUAUGGAGGAAGUGUGGUCUUCUCUGUGUCGUAUACCACGGACCAACAGGAGCAAAUGGCCAUCAGAGUCACCUCGGAGCCGGAUCUCAUCAUACAGGGAGGUGGGUUUACGAUUAUUGACAAAAGGUUUGGCCAGCAAGUGUACCCGUCCUCACCCAGCACCAGCCGCAUUGUCCUUCUUCCUGAGCACUUCCUGGUCUCAGAGACGGGGCAGCCCAUCAGUCGGAGAGACUUCAUGUCUGUGUUGGGUAAUGUGACCAGCGUGAUGGUUCGGGCCUCUUACAGCACAGACAUCAGCGCCGUUUACAGACUCCACUCAUUCUCGAUGCAGGUAGCAGAUCCUUCUGCCAGAGGGGAGAGCACAGCAUCUGCUGUAGAAAUGUGUUCUUGUCCUCCUGGAUAUGCUGGAACCUCCUGUGAGGCAUGUAUUCCUGGUUUUAGACGAGUUAAUGGGAAUCUGUACAAUGGUGUGUGCGAACCUUGUCGUUGCCAUGGACACGCCACACAAUGCCACGAGGUCACAGGACAUUGUAUGGACUGCUCACACAACACUGCUGGCUACCACUGUGAUACCUGCCUACCUGGUUACUAUGGCAAUGCCACCCGUGGGUCACCUGCAGACUGUCAGCCCUGCGCCUGCCCGCUCAAUCUUCCUAGCAACAACUUCAGUCCCAUCUGCCACCUAAGUGAGGACGGGGAGUUGCUGUGCGACCAGUGUCAGCCCGGCUACACAGGACCCAGAUGUGACAGAUGUUCCAACGGAUAUUACGGAGAGCCCGGUACACCAGGGGGGUCCUGCCAGCCAUGCCAAUGCAACAGCAACCUGGAUUUAUCUGUACCUGGCAGCUGCGAUCCAAUCAUAGGCCAGUGUCUGAGGUGUCGCCAAGGUUACGGGGGCGUGACUUGUGACAGCUGUGCUGAUGGUUACUAUGGAGAUGCUAUAACAGCAAAGAACUGCCAGCCCUGUCAGUGCCACACUAACGGGUCCAUGUCCGAGGUGUGUGACAAGCAGAGUGGUCAGUGCCGGUGCAAAGAAAACACAGUUGGAAGACAGUGCAACAAGUGCAUGCCUAACCGCUGGUGGGAUGCCGAGCGUCUGGGGUGUAUGCCCUGCCGCUGCAGCCCCCGUGGCUCUAUCUCUCAGCGCUGUGAUACCGAGGGCCGCUGCAUCUGUCGCCCCGGCUUCGUGGGCCGGCGCUGUGACCAGCGUCGGCAAAGUUACGAAAGGCGGGAGACACAGCGGCCAGUGGAGCAAGUUCCCCUGGAAGAUGUGCGGCAGAGAUGGGGAGGCUCUUCCCGGACGGGGGGUUGUCCCAGGGGAGCGUACAGGCCUCAGACAGGGCCUGAGACUCACGGCGUCAGCACCGGUGGGAUGUGCGUCCCGUGUCACUGCAACUCUUUCGGGUCCAAGUCAUUCGACUGUGAUGAACUGGGCCAGUGUCGGUGUCAGCCGGGCAUCACGGGGCUCAAAUGUGACCGAUGCGCACGAGGAUUCUUCAACUUCCAGGAGGGAGGCUGCGCACCCUGCCAGUGCACCCAUGUGGGAAACAACUGCGACGCGAACACCGGCCAGUGCAUCUGUCCUCCCAACGCCAUUGGUGAAAGGUGCGACCGCUGCGCACCCAACCAUUGGGGCCAUGACAUCACAACCGGAUGCAAGGAGUGUGGUUGCAACGCGAUCGGCUCAGUGACCCAGCAGUGCAACAUGAACACAGGCUGCUGCUUCUGCCACGAGUCUUUCAGAGGAGAAAAAUGCGAUGAAUGUCAAAUUGGAUACAGAGACUUUCCUCAGUGCAUCCAGUGCCAGUGUAACGUUGCAGGAUCGGACAGCCAGACCUGCAGCCUGGAGAGAGGAGUGUGUGCCUGCGCAGACCGAACAGGAAAAUGUGGCUGCAAGGAAAAUGUGGAAGGACACGACUGCGAUCGCUGCAAAGCCGACACGUUUGGAUUAUCGUUGAAAAAUCCACUGGGCUGCAGUAAAUGUUACUGUUACGGACUAAGUCACUCCUGCACAGAGGCACAGGGACUAAUAAGGAUGUGGUUAGCGCUGAAGCCAGAGCAGACUGUCCUCUACCUGGUGGAUAAGUCAAAUGCUGCUGAGACAAGAACAGGAGUCAGCUUCCAGCACCCUGAGAUCCUCGCCCAUGCAGAUCUGGUCUCGCCAACUGUGUCAGAACCGUACUACUGGAGACUACCGGAACAGUUCACCGGCUCCAUGAUCACAGCUUACGGUGGGCAGUUGAAAUACGCAGUGUUUUACGAAGCCAGGGAGGAAACCGGUCCUUCCUCCUAUGAGCCUCAGGUCAUCAUUAAGGGCGGCGCUAACCACAACAUAGUGAUGACACGGCACAUCACAGGACUUCAGAUUGGUCAGCUCACCCGCCAUGAGGUCGACAUGACAGAGCAUGAGUGGAAGUUUGCAGACGGCCGGUCUAUAACUCGAGAAGACUUCAUGGACAUGCUAUUCUAUGUGGAUUACAUCUUAAUUAAGGCGUCACAUGGCAACGCGAUGAGACAGAGCCGUAUUUCAGAAAUUAGUCUCACUGUGGCAGAAGAGGGUACGCCAACUCAGGAAAGUGAGAAAGCCCAUCAGAUAGAGAAGUGUGAAUGUCCGGCUGGAUAUUCUGGACUUUCCUGCGAGGAGUGCGCCGCAGGUUUCUACCGACUCCGCCCAGACUCCCCUGUAUCAGUCCCAGCAUCCAGAAUGCCCACAGCUGCAGGCAUGGGCAGCUGUGUCCGCUGUCAGUGCAGUGGGCACUCUUCCACUUGUGACCCUGAGACAUCCAUAUGCCAGAAUUGUCAAGACAACACUGAGGGUGAUCGGUGCGAGCGCUGUGCUCCCGGAUUCUACGGAGUGGUCCGAGGUUCUCCUGACGACUGCAAACCCUGCGCCUGCCCCCUUACCAACCCCGAAAACAAUUUCAGCCCUAGUUGUGUAACUGAGGGAUUUGAUGACUACCGCUGCACCGCCUGUCCUGAGGGAUACGAGGGGAAAUACUGUGAAAGGUGUGCCACUGGUUACCAUGGUAACCCAAGGAUGCCAGGCGGGCACUGUGAAGAAUGUAAGUGUUCCACGUGGGGAGCGCUGCCCGGACCAUGUGACCCUGUCACAGGCCAGUGCCGUUGCAGGGUCGGUGCAUCAGGAAUGUCGUGUGACCAGUGCAUGGAAAGGCAUGUGUGUGGAGCAUCCGGGAUCAUCUCUUGUGAUGAUGAGUGCUCAGGUUUGCUGAUAAGUGAUAUGGACCGCCUGUAUCGCAUCAUCACCGACGUCACUCUGACCACGCCUCUCCCGCCACCGUACAAGGUGUUAUACCGCUUUGAAAACAUGACAGAGGAACUCAAGCACAUGCUGUCACCUCAGAAAGCUCCGGAGAGACUACUUCAAUUGGCUGACUCCAACAUGGGAUCACUGGUCGUUGAGAUGGACCAGCUGCACAGCAGGGCCACAAAGGUGUCGGCUGAUGGAGAGCAGGUGGAGGAUGAUGCUGACAGGAUUCACAAACGAGCUGAGGACCUGGAGCAGUUCAUCAAGGACACGCUGCUGGGAGCCAAAGACCUCCAGUACAAAGCUGCUGAGUUGAACCAGACCCUCUCGAGAAGAGAUGGAACUCCAGACAAAAGCUUGCGAGAGAUGAAGGAGGAGAUCCAGGCCAUGCUCGAGGAGAUGAGAAAACGACAGCUGGGAGGAAUGAGAGGCACUGCAGAGGAGGAAAAGGAUCUAGCAGAGGAGUUGUAUCAGAAAGUCAAGAGACUGUUUGGCGACCCCCAUCAGGCCACGGAGGACCUGAAAGCAGAGAUAACGGAGAAGCUGUCAGACCAUGAGGGGAAGCUCCAGGAGGCCCAGGACCUAUUGCAUUCUGCCCAGGGCAAGACGAGGCAGGCCGGCUCGCUGACUGAACAGAACCGAGCCAACCUGACAGCGCUGGAGAGGAAGCGAGCUGCAGUUGGUGCACUAAAACAGGAAGCAGAGAAGGUCCUCGGCGAAGGAGAACACCUACUCGAGGAGGCGAACCAACUCUCUGACAACGUCAACAAGGAGCUCGAGGACUUGGAGGAGAUGGGGCGAGAGCUUAGUCCUCUUCAUAACCAGCUGGACCGUAAAGUUCGUCGCCUCACCGAUGGCUUGAGUGACGGCAGCCUGGAUAAUCUGGUGUACGACGCGGAGCAACAUGCCAAGCAGCUGAAUGAAUCCGCGGUCCUUUUAGAUGGCAUUUUGGCCGAGGCCAAAAACCUUUCCUUCAAUGCAACAGCUGCCUUCAAUGCUUAUGGUAACAUCAAAGCCAACGUGGAUGCAGCAGAGAAAGAGGCGAAGGCAGCCAAGCAGAGGGCAAAUGAGGCACUGGCUCUGGCUUUAGGGCCAGACGUCCCAAUGAAGGAAGCAACACAAAGUUCUCUUCAGAAAAGUCAAGUACUGCUGAAUAAGGCGAAACAACUGCAAAACGAUGUCAAAGAGAACGCAGACAGUGUGGCAGGGCUGAAGGGCAGAGUCAAAGCGGCGAGAGACAAAACCAAAGACCUUCUCACAGCUGUUAAUGGAACUGUGGCGGUGCUCAACGCCAUUCCCAGCGAUACGAGCGCUAACCUUGCAGCUACAAAGGCUGUAGCAGCUGAUGCCAACUCCACAGCCAUAGAUGUCCUGGAGCGUCUUGGAGAUCUGAACCUUCGCCUCGGAGGCCUGCAGCACAACUACAGCGAGCUGGAAAAUACUGUCAGUGCAGCCAACCAGAAGAUCCAGGACCCGGAGAAAAACAUCCACGCCGCAGGAGCUAAAGUGAAGGAAUUAGAGGAUGAGGCUGACAGGCUGUUGGAGAAGCUGCAACCCAUCAAAAAGCUGCAAGACAAUUUAAGGCGCAACAUCUCACAAAUUAAAGAACUAAUCCACCAGGCCCGGAAACAAGCUAAUUCUAUAAAAGUUUCCGUGUCUUCAGGCGGGGAUUGUCUUCGUAGUUACCGCCCUGAAAUCAGAAAAGGAAGGUACAACACCAUCGUACUUCACGUUAAAACCACAACACCUGAUAAUCUGCUCUUCUACAUGGGAUCUGCCAAAUACGUUGAUUUCCUGGCCUUGGAGAUGCGUAAGGGGAAAGUGAAUUUCCUUUGGGAUGUGGGUUCAGGUGUGGGAAGGGUUGAAUACCCACAUCAGACCAUCCAUGAUGGGAACUGGCAUCGGAUAGAAGCAUCUCGCAAUGGUCUGAAUGGCACCAUCUCGGUGUAUCCUCUGGAAGGCCCGAUGGCUGGCAUGAUGCCAACCCCGGCCAGUGCCAACUCCCCCACAUCCUUCACCAUCCUGGACGUCGACCAGAACGCCUACCUGUUUGUAGGAGGAAUACUUGGCACUGUCAAGAAAGCAGACGCAGUAAGAACGUCCACAUUCACGGGCUGCAUGGGUGAGACGUUCUUGGACAGUAAACCUAUCGGACUGUGGAACUACAGAGACAGAGAGGGAGACUGUAAGGGUUGUGCUGUCAGCCCCCAGCGCACUGAUAGUGAAGGGACAGUUCAGCUGGAUGGAGAUGGAUACGCUGCGGUUGGAAGACCCACCAGGUGGAACCCAAAUGUUUCUGCCAUCACUUUCAAGUUCCGCACGUUCUCCUCUGAAGCUCUGCUCAUGUAUCUGGCCACUGAAGACAUGAAGGACUUCAUGUCACUGGAGCUGUCAGGGGGUAAGGUGAAAGUGAAUUUUGACCUCGGAUCGGGAGCCAGCAGUGCCGUAUCGGAUAAACGGCACAAUGAUGGCCGCUGGAAAGCCCUCACCAUGUCUAGGAACAAGAAACAAGCCACCGUGACUGUGGUGGACAUCGACAGCAGUGCUGAAGAAAAGAUAGUAGCCACAUCUAGGGGCUCAGCUACUGGUCUGAACCUCGGGGAAAAGCAGAAAAUCUAUUUUGGUGGCCUGCCAACGAUAGGAAACUACAGGUCAGAGGUUACUUUGAAGAGAUAUGCAGGAUGUCUCCGAGAUAUUGAAGUCUCCAGGACGCCGUAUAAUCUACUCAGCAGCUCUGAUUACACAGGGGUCACUAAAGGAUGUAAUGUAGAGAACCUGUACACGGUCAGUUUCUCAAAGCCAGGAUACGUGGAGCUGGGUGGCUUCUCGCUUGCUGUCGGGACUGAGAUCAGCCUCUCCUUCAGCACCUUAGCAGACACUGGGAUCAUCCUACUGGCUGUUGGGGGACCUUCAACAAUCCCCCACCAGGCCCGCAAUUCCAAGAGGAGACGAAGACAAUCGGGAGAGCCGUACCUGUCAGUCAUGCUAAACAAAGGCUCUCUAGAAGUCGUCGUGUUCACCGGCAGCCAUAAACCACGUCCCGUCAUCAGAACAGCCGAGCAGGGGAUACUGAAUGAUGGCAGAGAGCACUCACUGCGCAUCGAGAGGCUAGCUGGCAGGUCCUUUGCAGUCCAGGUGGAUGAGGAAGACAAAAGGGAAGCAGCACUUCCCAACGACCAGCCAAUCAGCUUGAAGCAGAUCUUCCUUGGUGGUAUUCCUGCAGAAGUGGAGCGGACAUCCAACAGAGCCAAUAUCCCAUUCCAGGGAUGCAUAUGGAACCUCAUGGUCAAUGCUGUGCUGUCAGAUUUCUCGCAACCUGUUUCCUUUGAAAAUGCUGAAAUCGGCCAGUGCCCCAGUCUCGCUCCGCUGUCACCUCUUCCACCUAAAGAGGAGGUGCCCGAGGAAGAGUCCAAACCAGCCGGUUCAGUAACCGCCGAAGCUCCUGUCACGCCACGGCCAGAACCUCCUGCUGUGGAUGUGCCCCCCACCCCACCUCCUGCCAGACACACUGCUGCUGCGACUGCAGCACCACCUACUGCUGCUGACUCGGACUCGUGUGCAUCAGCUGUGGACCCGACGGCGCUGGAAAAAGCCUAUCAGUUUGGACUGACCAGAAACAGCCACAUGAGCUUCGCCUUUGAUGACAACAAAGUCAGAGAGAGGCUGAUAUUGGAGUUUCAGCUGAGGACGAAGGAGCAGUCUGGCCUCGUUCUCUACAUGGCGAGAAUCAACCACGCUGACUUUGUUUCCAUACAGAUCAAGGAUGGACAGCUCUGCCUUGGUUAUGACCUUGGUCAUGGAAACAUCUCUGGCUGCGUCCCUUACUCCAUUAAUGAUGGCAACUGGCACUUGAUCCGCAUAACUCGUAACAAGCAGCGAGGUCUAAUUUUGGUUGAUGGGAAGUACAGCAAACAGUUGAUCAGUCCAAAUAAGGCGGACCUGUUAGAUGUUGUGGGAGUGUUGUAUGUUGGUGGGUUACCACUAAACUAUACCACCAAGAGAAUAGGACCGAUUGUCUACAGCGUUAACGGCUGCAUUCGUAACUUAAAGAUGGUCGGAGCUCCUGCGAGCACCAAGACAGGUUCAACAGGUCGCUUUGUGAGCACCAUUGAAGACUUUAAACUAAACAUGGCCACGCCCACUUCCAGUCUCAUGGUUGGAAAGUGUUUCGAUGCCACUGAGGCCGGCACCUACUUCGAGGGCACCGGCUAUCUGAAAGCAGUCGCCGCCUACAGAGUCGGCCUGGACGUCUCAAUAGCGUUAGAAUUUCGAACCAGCAGAACCAGCGGGGUGCUUUUGGCCGUCAGCAACCAAGCCAGUGAUGGACUGGGUCUGGAGAUCAACGAGGGGAAGCUGCUCUUCCACGUUGACAACGGAGCUGGGCGAAUCACAGCAGAGCAUGUCCCCGAUGGAGACGGAUUCUGUGAUGGCAAAUGGCACAGCGUCACUGCCAGCAAGCUUCGCCACAGGCUGGAGCUGGAGGUUGAUGGGAAGAAGAGCCAAGCAGAGUCUCCCAACGCUCGCUCCAACACCUGCGACACCAGUGACCCCAUCUACGUUGGAGGACAUCCUGGUGGAGUUCGUCAGGCGGCGCUUUCUACCAGCACAUCUUUCAGAGGUUGCAUGAGGAACCUGAAGAUCACCAAGGCUUCCAAGACCAUGGAUGUGAAGUUCAACAAGGCUCUGGAGAUUAAAGGGGUCCAGCCUCUCUCCUGUCCAGCUGCUGCUGCGUAGCUGCUAUCAGAAAACCUCUUGUCUUUUUCAUGAUUCUUCUCCAAAGAGCUGCCGUAAUUCUGUGAAAUCUGGACAUUGUGGCACGUAGACAAGAUGUCAGUGUUUGAAGCUGUUCACAUCCAUCCUCCUUUUAUUAAUACACUUGGUUUAAUGGUUAAUGUGGUAUAUAUUUUGCAAUCCUUUAUGAAAGCUUCGUGCCGAUGUCAAAUUACGUUUGAAAAUGUCUCUUCCCAGUAGAUUUAAGGCUCCCUGACUGCAAUCUAAUGUGCAGUUAAACUAAUUAAUCCCUGUUUAUUUGACUGGUUUUAUAUUCUGCACAGCUUCCCUUUAAUAUUUUACAUAGCUGACUUAGGUCUGAUGGUCUGAUGGUCCAUCUCUCACCUGCACUGAUCGUUCUGGGAGAGACACGUGCAAACUUCAAACCUACAUCUUACAGUCUUUUUCGGUCACUAACGUGCAAAAAUUCUCAAAACAAACCAAAAAACGCAACAUAUUUGCUGGUUGUAAUUCUUCCAGUAAUUGUACUGAAAGACUGGAAGAACAUGAUGAGACCCUGAUUUCUGCACCAUCUAAAGCUCCACUCAAUAAAUCUGUACCGACUGCAACGUGUCUCUGCAUGUCUGAUGUCGAUUCUUCUGUUGAUUUUAAGUUUCUCACUUUGAUUCAGGGUUUUUGGGGGGGAUUUGUGAAAACAUCAAAUGGCCUUUGCUCGUUCCACUGUUACUGUCCUGGCUGGCGCUAAAAAUAUAAAUAUAAAAAUAUAAAAUUUGGUCUUAUUAUUUCUUCAGUGACAAUUAUUUUUAACUUCAAAUAGUCUUUAUAGAGUUUAACUUUAUCACUGCAUGUUCAUGUUAAAAACCUGGAUGGAUGGAU